UCCGAUUAAAUGGAAACUUAGGGUUGUAUCAGAUGUUACUGGAAUGGCGUGGUCCUUGCUGAUGCAUGUUUUGUACCAAGGCGAGCGUUAGCAUUGAAACGGAAUUUUAUAUAAUUGGUACACAGAGAGCCGUAAAAAUGAUGCUUAUAAACCGAAAUAAAACACACCUAUAUAUAUAUUCCCAGAGUCGAUACAUUGACAAUUGUGAGAUACAUGCCCGUUAAAGAUAUUACCUGUAGUGCAUAUCGUAUCACUAACAAUAUACA